CAAAAAAAGAUUCAGUUAGUCAUAAGAUAACCACUGCAGUUGCAACUAGAAACGCAAAAAUGGACGAUACAGACUUUUUCGGAAAAAAGAAAUCCAAGCAAGACAAAGCAGAUGCAACCAGUAGCGGCACCAAUGUUCUGCCCAACAGCUUUGCAACAGCGGAACCCUCAUUAAAAGCAGUCCCAGAGAAAAAAGUUGUUAUAUCACGUCCCACCGAACAAGACACAUACUACAACAACAAUCCCAAUAUUGGCAUUGCGAUUGUUCUGAAUCACAAGGAAGUCAAAGGACAGAAGCCACGCGUGGGUACAGAACAGGAUCGUGAUGCGAUGAAGAGCACAUUGGAGAGCUAUGGUUUUGAUGUGCGUGUCCACAACGAAUUGACGUUUGCUGAAAUAAAUGAUGUGCUAAAAGCAACUGCCAAUGAAGACCAUAGCAACAGCGACUGCUUCUUACUUGUGGUUAUGUCACAUGGUUCUGAAGGCAAAGUAUUCGCACGCGAUAUGUCCUAUCCAGUAGAACGUUUGUGGAAUCCAUUUUUAGGCGACAAUUGCAAGUCCUUGAUAAAUAAGCCGAAAUUAUUCUUCAUACAGGCAUGCCGUGGUGAGAAUUUGGAAAAGCCUGUAUUGUACUCAGAUUUUGCACCCAUGUCACGCGAAUUAAAUCUUAUAGCAAUGCCUGCUGAGGAGCAGCCCACAAUCAUAACCUAUGCCAUUCCAAACACAGCUGAUAUGUGUGUCAUGUAUUCGACAUUUGAGAAAUAUUUCUCCUUCCGUAAUGUCGAAAACGGUUCCUGGUUCAUACAAAGUCUGUGCGCUGUCCUAAACGAAGCCAGAACGAAUGAAGCAGCCACAGCACAAGGUGCCGAACUCUUACGUCUGCUCACAGCCGUAAACCGGAAGGUGGCCUACGAGUACCAGUCCUUCGCCAAGAACGAAGCUCUCAACCAAAUGAAGGAAAUGCCCAAUUUUCUGUCCACUUUAACGAAAUUAUUUUACCUGAAGGUGAAACGUAAAACCUAACUCGGCGAGAAGUGACUCAUGUGAAUUGCCCACAACACACAAAGAAAAAAACAAAAAUUAACAAUUCUUUCGACUUAACUGAAAUUGUUUUGUAUUUAUUAGAGA